CCAUGAAAGGCUCUCCUGACCUGAUUCCUGCUGCAGAGUUGGACCCCAGCAGAGUGUGCAAAGGGAAAGGCGUCGUGACCCUGCGGGCCACCCUUGUCCACAUAGACGAUGAGGACUGCAUCAGCGAAGAGCCAAACGUCAUCACAACACCAAGUGGCUGGACAAGCCAGAUUAAUGGAGACAGCUCUAAAGCGGGAUUGGCUGAAGGAGGCAGCAAAAUCACAGCUGAUUUACCUAUCGUAAACAACACUCAGUGCCAGGAAAAUCAAGUUCCAGCCCCCACCAACACUCAGAACCACGUCACAUCGUCCUCCAGCUCCGUGUAUCCCUCCACCACCACAGUCAAUCCUACCAUAGUCCUGCUGCAGCACAACAGAGAGCAACAAAAGCAUCUCUCCCAUUUGGAAGAGGGGACUCCAGAAAGAGACAAAAGCCCCGACCCGCACACAGACUCGCCUGCCGCCUCGGUGCCUGACAUGGACGGCAAGAGGAUGAGGCUGUCGCUGCACUCGCCCGUCCUCGCGCCUCUCGGCCAGCCCAUCGUGCCCGUACGGAACACUGAAAAGUCCAAAGACUGGUAUAAGAGCAUGUUCAAACAGAUACACAGAAUACCUGAACCUAUUGAGGAAAACCCUUACCGUCCCACCUACAUUUUCCCUGAGAGCUAUGGCAGUCAGAUGAAGCCAAAAGACGACGGCCCCACCCCCUUUGGCUAUUUGGAAGAUGUAAAAGGAGUCCCACGUUCCAAAAGUGCUGCUGAUGUUGAGUCAAAAGGUCGGGCGAUGCCAGUGCCAACACGGUCCUCCUCCCUCAAACCCUCUGCCAAAAGGAACGAGUGGGAGCCCCCGGAUAAAAAGGUAGACACCAGGAAGUACCGCGCCGAACCCAAGAGCAUCUUUGAGUACGAGCCAGGGAAAUCAUCGGUGCUGAAGCUGGAGAGAACGACUCAGGAUGUAAGUCCAGAAGAUGUAGAUUUAGAGAAUGAGCCUUGGUAUAAAUUCUUUUCAGAGAUGGAGUUUGGGAAAGCGAGUGCCCCCUCUUUCAGCCCCCUGGAAACAGCCUCCGACCUACAGCAGUACUCCUCGUGUAAGUCCGGACGCAGCGAGGUGGAGAAGGACAGAGAAUCAUCCACGAGCGAGCCUGCGGCUCCAGAAUGCGACCGCCAUGUUUACAAGAGUGUCCUGGAGGGCGGCGACAUUCCCCUGCAAGGUCUACGAGCCCUAAACAAGCGCCAUGCCAGCUCCUCCUCCUCUAAAGUGGAUUAUAAAGGUGGGAAUGGCUGUAUUAUUUCACCCUGCUCCUCUGUAAAUAGUCGAUCGGUUCUUGCCAGUAAUGCAAUAGGUAACCAGUGUAAGAGUAAGAAGCCCCUUUCUGCUGCCAAAGCCUGCAUACCCCAAAUCCUCCCCUCUAAGUUCAAGCCCAAGCUGCUGCCGCCCAGUGGUGACAGUCAGGAGAGCAGGACUAGGCCUGUGCGGCACCCUAAGGCCCACAGCUGUGAGGAUCUGUACACAGGGACAUGUGACACGGACUGUACUGGAGCAGACGAGAGGGAGAGCGGGCAACGUUCAGACUCCAACUGUGGCACCGAGUGUGCGGACGGCCUCAGGAAUGUUUCCCCUGCAAUUAGGAGGAGCACAUCUGAGUUUUCCAGCCUCUACAGGACAAUGCACCACAUCCAGCGGCCCAGCUCGGUCGGCUCCAGCCCCCAGGGUAGCGUCCGCAGCCUGGCCUCCCUUUUUGAGAAGGAAAGGGUCAACGGGGGUGAAAGGUCAGAGGCCGAUGAGGCAGGGAACAUUCCACGGGACGCAGUGUCGUCACGGGUCAGCGAGUUUGAAAUGAUCAUCCAGCGGUCCAGCUCUGCGCCCACCCGGUCCUCCUCCCUGCCAACCCUGCACUCCAGCCACAGCCACAGCCCCGGCCACAGCCCCUCCCACCUCUGCAUGGCGUCCACAGUGUCGGCCGAGACUCUGCUGGUAGCUGACCCCACCCAGACAGAAGCCUGCGCCCCGGUGGAGGCUGAGGGAAAGACAGCCAGGGAGGAGGCCUCGUCGUCAGGCAAUGAGACGUUAGAGGAGGCCGGAGACGUUUCCUCCUCGGAGUACAGACACGCUGAAAGGACUGAGUCGCCCACUGGGACUGAGACUGAAGUUGAGGAGAGCUUCAGCGAGAAUCCUGCAGAAGACUCGCACCUCUCUUUAAGUGCAUCUGUGAGUCCCACAGCGUCUCUCACAGCGUCCCCUCCCCAACACAACCAUGGCCAUCACCACCACCUCCUGCACCACCUGAACCAUCAUCUUCACCUCAAACCCAGCAAGUGUAAGGGCUCCUGUCCGGCCUCCUACACCCGCUUCACCACCAUUCUCAGGCAUGAGAGGCAGCAGGCCACAGCGCAGCAGGAGAAGCCACCACCUCAGGAGAAGAAGAGCACCGCCCUCCCUGGAAACCUGUUCCUCAUGGGCCCUGCGCCAUUCAGGUUAAGGAAAUCCCUGCAGUCCCACCAGGCGAGGAGGACGUUAUCAGCCACCCGGGUGACGACGAGCAACCAGAGGCCCAGCAGUGUGUCCCCUGAGCCCAGACCUCUGAUCCCUCAGCGCCUCUCCUCCCUGGAGGUCCUGGAGAGGCUGAGCAAUGGGGAGGGAGGCAACACUGACCACCUGAGUAACGGGCAGGGCUUGGACAGCAACGGGAACCUACUGCAGCCGCUGGCAGCUCACCGCAGAGACUCGUCCCCUGCUCACGGGGAGAACCAGGAGGAAUUGUUGAGGAGGCGCCAUGGGGACAAAGAGAAAAUCUUGGAGGAGCAGCGGCGGCUGAAGCGGGAACAGGAAGAGGCUGACACGGCGUCGAGGCGACACACAGGCAUUGUCCCGACGCACCACCAGUUCAUCACCAACGAGCGCUUCGGAGACCUGCUCAACAUCACAGACAACACAGAGAAAAGGAAAUCAGGCGUAGAGAGAACUCCGGCCUUGGCUCGCUUCGACUUCAGAGCAGAAUCCCUAAAGGAGUUACCAUUUCAGAAGGGAGACAUCGUAUACAUCCUUCGACAGGUGGAUCAAAACUGGUAUGAGGGGGAACAUCAUGGCAGAGUCGGCAUUUUCCCUCGAAGUUAUGUUGAGCUCCUCCCCCCCACAGAGAAAGCCCAGCCAAAGAAAAGCGCCCCGGUGCAGGUGCUGGAGUACGGAGAGGCUGUCGCCCGCUUCAACUUCACCGGGGACACGGUGGUGGAAAUGUCCUUCAGAAAGGGAGAGAGGAUCACGCUGAUUCGCAGAGUUGACGAGAACUGGUAUGAAGGCAAAGUCUCAGGCACCAACCGCCAAGGCAUCUUCCCCGUCACCUACAUCGAAGUGCACAAACGACCCCGCGUCAAAAACGGAGUGGAGUAUCCCGACCCGCCCGUCAGCCAGUCGCCACAGCGCAGCACCAACGCCUCUCCUCAGCUGUACCGCAAUCGGCUGACCACUUCCCCCCUGCCUCUCCCCCGCUCCCCCCGCCGCUCGGUGUCCCCCGAGGUCCACGCCGUCUCCUCCGAGUGGAUCUCCCUGACGGUGGGAGGAGGGAGCCCCCCAGCCGCCCCCACCCCUCCCCUGCCCCCGCUCCCCACCGUGUCCUACCGCUGGGGCGAGUACCUGCCCCCGUCCCUCUCUGCCAGCCCCGUGCCUCCCAUCACCGGCAGCCCUUACUGCGUCUCCCCCGCCGCCUCCCCGUCCGCCUCCCCUCUGCCCCCGCCGUACCCGCCCCGCCCCAACUCGGCCACUCCCUACCUCACUUUCACCCCGCCCCAGGGUGAGGACUUCCUGCUCUCCCCUCCCUCCCCCCGUCUGUCCCGCAGCAUGAGCCCCUGCGGCGGGCCGGUGCUGGAGGGCUGGCUGAGGGGCGAGAGGGAGUUGACGGAGGGGGAGGCGGCGGAGGGAGACAGGGGCAGUGGUCGCGAAGCCCCGGGCAGCUGGCGAAAUAGCUCUGCAGAGCUGAUGAGGAAUGAGAUCGACUACCAUGGCCGGACCUCCAGAAGCCCUGUCAUGCUGUUUGACAUCCAGGAUAACAACAAUGCUAACUCAUUCGCGGAGGCGGUGUGUAAUGAGAUCAUGAAUAUAGCAGAGACCUCGGUGAGGUACUGCAGCACCCUGUCCCACCCCCAUGACUCUGUCCACAGACUGCCCCCCCACCCCAGUAAACAAUCUCUCAUCAUUUCCCAGCAACCCCAGUCCCACAGCAGCAGCCCGGAGCCGAGCCGUCUCAGCUGUGGAAUCUUCCAGGCCUUGUACAGUUACGUGCCACAGAACGAGGAUGAGCUGGAGCUGCAGGAGGGAGAUCUCGUCAGCGUCAUGGAGAAGUGCGAUGACGGCUGGUUUGUUGGAACCUCGAAGAGGACGAAACAGUUCGGGACUUUCCCAGGGAAUUACGUGAAGGAGGUGAAACUGUAAAGUGCGAGGCUUUGCGAUCUGGCUGUAACACUCGGGUGCCUGUUGAGCUUGGGAAGUCAUUACUAUCACGCAUGACUGUUGGUUAGAAUAGCCAUUUUAGCCAGGUGGAUCCAUUUGUCUGGGAAAGUGAUCGGUUUGGUCUGAGGUAUGUCCGAGUGCACGAGGCGGAGACGGAGACAGCUGUUGACUCACUGCCCAAACCUCAGUAUCUGGUGUUCACCUUGACCACAUUUCACACACCUCUUGGCGAGAAUUCAUCCGUCUCCCAAAGCAGAGAGUGUCUUUGUUCAAAAAAAAAAAAAAAACUCUCGCAAAAUGUCAGUUGCUUUCAUUGUACAUGUAAUCGCCUCAUUUUGUCAGUGUGAUUUAUACCAGUGUUUACGUAGCGCCUCACGUCGGAGGUCAGCAGCAGAGCAGUGUAUGGAUCAAAGAGUGGAUCUUGCAACCUGAACUGGAUUUGGGGUAUUGAAAAAAAAAUGUAUUUGUGUGACGUGAGAUUGGAGCUGUUUGUCAAGAGCUACCUUCCAGGACCAGAGGUGUUUUUCAUUAUCAGCUAAGUAGGAUAAUGAUGAUUGAAGGAAAUCUUAACCCCCUUAGCAGUUUAUUUUUCCCCAAAGAAACACAAAGAUCUAUGUGUGUGGAUGAACAUACCGCACAUAUAUUACACUAAAAGUGAUGGUUCAUUCUUGAAAAGCGUCCAGCAAACUAUAUAUCUUGGUUUAAAUUGGAAAAAAAAAAAACCCUGCUUGAUCUUUAGAGUGAACUCCUCCAGUAGUUAAAUGCACAGACUUUAAGCCGUAGCCUUAUUACAUACGAAGCCUCUUAAAUCAAAAUGUUUUGACGGAUCUAUUUUUGCUCCCGCGUGGGAAAUUCAAUGUAAUGAAUGUUAUAAAGCUCUCUACAUUUUUGGAAUGGGAAAAUAGUAUUGGCUUCUUUUGGAAAAAUACCAGAGCGCUCACAGCUCAGUGUAACCCUGAAAGCACCCGAUGCCGGUUGAGAUUUGCCUUUUUUUUUAUCUAAAGUUUGUAGAGCAAUUACACAGUGAUGUGUAUGACAGAACUACUAAAAUGGUAAAAAGUGAAACAUGAGACACACCGAUUCUUUUCUAUGUCUAAGAAAAGUGAGAGACCAAUCCUCUACACCUCUGUUUUAAAGAGAAAAAAAAAAGUGCCCUCUUGUAUGUCGUACCUCUUGUUUGAAAAAUCAAAGUAAUCUAAGCUGUUUGAUGCCUGUAAGGUAGCUGGUGGCAGACAGCUUGCCUUUAGCGAGCCUGGCUCCGGCGCAGCCACAGGACAGGCGUGGUAGCACUUAACUUCCUGUUUGGUCAUUUAGGGAGAUUCCACCUCACAAGAUAAUCACCGAUUGAAUCAAUCACGACGCAAAAUCGAUCGCAUCUUUUAAGUAGAGGAGCUGACAGGGUGUCUUAGUAAGUGAUCAUACUUUUUUAAAGAGCAUAUUGAGAUUUUUAACCGUGCCCUCGAUGACAUUAUGUGUUGUAGCCAUGUAAAUGUGUACAGAAACCUUACAGAGGCCUUCCAAAUGUGGCUAUUUUCAAUACUUUCAUAUGUAAAGUGCACAACCUAGGUGAUGCAGUUACCGGAAUGAUUCAACAAGGUAGUAGGUCAGCAUUAGUACAGCAUGCAUUAUGAAAUCUAAGCGAGCAACGAAAUCAGUGCAGAGCAUGAAACACUAUAAACCGAUGCUUCAAUAUUUGUAUGUUUAGCGUAAGAGAAGCCAGAGUCAUCACAGGGUUAACAGUCUGGUCCUCGAGCCACAACAGCUCCCUGAGGAAAGAUUGCUUUGAACGUCGGUAUCAAAGCAUCAGGGCCGUCUUCCUGCGAGAACAAGAGCUCCCACAUCUCAAGCAUCAUCAGCUUCUGUAACGGCCUCCAUAUGUCAGAGUAGAUCCUCCAAACAGUGCAGAUGGAAAAGAUGAUACUUUUUUUUUUUUUUUUUUUGGCCUUUGUUUCCAUUGAAUUCCUCGUCGCCAUCGACCGCCGUGUUGCACACAUCAUCCGUCCCCAACCCCCUCAAAGCGGAGCUGUCAAAUAUCACUUGCAAAUAACUCUUAGUGCCUGUUUUAACCUGCUCGGCUGAGAUUUGCCACACGGAGCAAUCCAGAAACAUCACAAGAAGGCGUUUAAAAGUCAAACACCACCAACUUCACCGUCACGUCUGGACACGGUUAAUCUACCUGGCGCUGCGAGCAGAUCACCACAAAAACUAGGAGUUACCUGCAAAACUGUCUGAUCCUAAGACACAAUCUGCAUUUUCUCCCUAUCCAUACUUGUCUAAUCAAAAGGUAGAAGCUUAUUUUGCACUGCAGGACUAUCAUUAGGCCCUACCUUUAUAAUAUAAUUCUUUAGAGUUGCUAAGUACACAGAAAUUAAAAUGUACUGUGAUGAAUUUAAAGAGAAAGCACCGAUGCGUCUCACAGCCACUAGAUCUAAUAAGAGUAUGCCAGGUGUAUCUUUUCAUUUCCUCCGUCUUGAAUGUGCAAGCCGCAGCCGUGCAGUGAUGAUAAACAUGGACCUGACUGGGAUAUGGUUUGAAGCUGUUACGUGGCUGCCACUUAAGUGAUUUAUUAAGUUUAGUUUAGAGAAUGCACUGCAGCCGCGGUUGGUGUUUCAUCCUCUCUGCCGUUUGUUGUGGAAACAGAUAGGAUGUCUCUCACUGCGGUGAGAUCAGCACUGACAAUUUUGCCGUCACCCAGCGGGAGUAGAGGAGGGCGGGGGGGUGUUUUCUCAGUCAGAUAAAAAAAAAAAAAAAACACUAAUACACCGCACUGUGGGUUCGCCUGUGUAGCACUGAUACGACUGUCAGGUAUUUUAUUACACCGCAAAAGCAUGACUUUUGUUUUCCACUUCUGGCUAAAACAACAUUUUUUUUUUCAUUCCUGUGUGAAUCCAGCUUCUCAUGAAUGUGCUGAUUGGUUGGUUGGUUGGUUGGUUGAGCUGCAGGCUGUUUCCCAUGCUAAUGGCUUGUUCUUUGAUGCCUUUUCUUUCCCAACAGAAAGACAUGAAUUUGUAGAGAGGUGUGUGUGCUGCCGCCUCACAGACUAUAUAAAGGACUUUGACACACAAAAAAACAACAAAAAAAAAAUCACUCAUUUAGUCACCUCUUAACACAACAGCUCUCUACAGAAUGCUUAUGUGAUAUUGCGCUCCAUAAAAACAAAAAUCACAGGAUGUAUGAAUGUAUGAAUAUAUGAAUGUGGUGCAGUGUA